CUGGACUAUGCUGGCGAACUGGCCACCACCUUUGGCACGCGGAUCACCCUGUUCCGUUCCACGCCGGGCGCGGACUAUUUCCGUACAAAUUCCGACUGGGGACAUUUCGGCGGGCCGGGGUUCGCUUACAACGACCCGGGAGAGAUGGCCAAAGAUCUGGCCCAUGCCUCGGAAGAGUACCUGUGGCAAAAGGCGGAUGCGUUGCGCGCCCGGUUCCCGCUGUUCGACGUGGACGUGGUGAACUCGCGUGGAAAACCCCGCAUCACGGCAUUGUCCAACUGGCGAGCAAGCUGGACAACGGGCUGGUGGUGA